AUGUCUGGAUAUAAAGACAUCCUCAAACGAGGAUGGCAUCCCGAAAAGGAGGGGACGACGCUCAAGGGCCAGGUGAGAAGCCUGAUUGGUCGUGGUGAGGAAACCCGCCAUAGCAACCACGCCGCUCCACCUCUCUCGUCCCUGCGUGACCCAGCCAGCUUCGCCCCUCCACCCAAGCGCAAUCCCAACGCCGUUGUCGGAAAAGCCAGCCCGGCAUCCUCCUCAUCCCCAACAUCCCAGACGGGACCAACCAUGCCUCCACGGCCAGGUACAGCUUCGGAGCCAGCAUCCGACGAGCCGCCCGCUACCCCGAAGCCAUGGCGCCUCGACACUACGGGUCUUUCCAUCGCCCACCUCCCGCCGCCCCCAGGAAGAAAACCCGGAGCAGACGGACGCUCACCACCACCACCACCAGUCCGUCCUUCCCCGCCACCCUCAGCAGCAGCGUCAGCGCCGGGAGGUCAACCCGCCCCUCCAACGCUCCCACCACGGCUCCCUCCCCGCUCAGCAUCGACCACCCCCUCUCCAGCAGCCUGCCCGGCCCUACCUGCCCGUCCCGCCGCACUAUCCCCAAACCCGGGACCAGGGCCCCGGCCAAAGCCAGGGGCGGCAGAGGGCUACCUAAACAGGUUGGGCGCAGCAGGGAUCUCGGUCCCCGGCCUGGGCAUCGGCACCUCAGACUCAGCCACAACCUCACCAGCACCGCCAGCCCCCUCACACUCAGGCAGCGUCUCUUCGGCAGCUCCAUCCCACCCCAACAUGAGCGAACUGCAAUACCGCUUUGCCCAACUCAAGCCUUCUGCGGGUGCAGCAGAAGGAGGAGGAGGGGCCCACGGUAGAGGAGAAGGAGGUGAUAUAAGCAAGUCGGCUGUUACUGCUGCCCCCGCUUCUGUAGUAGCCAGGAAGAAAAAACCGCCGCCGCCACCGCCGCCAAAGAAGAAGACAAUUGCUGGGUUUGGCGGUGGGGUGGGCGGUGCUGUCGGGGGACAGCAGGGGCAGGGACCGACACGGGAUCAGAGCGAUGGACCGCCGCCGCCGCCGAUACCCUUAGCCACGAGGCCUCAGUUCUAG